AUGACCAAAAAGAGAAGCUGGAAGAACAAUGAGACUGUAGUACUCACCGAAGAAUGCAGCGCCAUCAUCCAGCACAAAUUGCCCCAGAAAUUGAAGAAUACCGGGAGCUUCCAAAUCCCUUGUAUCAUAUGGGAAAUCACAGUAGAGAGGGCUUUAUGUGAUCUAGGAGCUAGCAUAAAUCUUAUGUCCUUAACAAUGAUGAGGAAAAUGAAGAUUGAGAAGGCCAAACCAAUAAGAAUGGCCCUGCAACUAGCAGAUCGAUCAUUCAAGUUUCCUCACAGAAUAGUGGAAGACUUGUUGGUAAAGGUGGGGGACUUCAUCUUUCCAGUAGACUUCAUAGUAUUGGACAUGGAGGAAGGAGCUAAGACCUCCAUCAUCUUGGGAAGGCCAUUCUUAGCGACUGCUGGAGCCAUCAUUGAUGUCCAAAAGGGUUUAGACUAUAUGAGGAGAAAAUGA